AUGGCCAACAACCCCGACCACCGCGACUUCAAAGACGUCAAAGACAGCACCGGCCGCUUCAAGCGCCCGGACGCCGCCUUCCGCAACUGGAUCUCCCGCGAACCGGGCGCCGAGUUCCCGGCUGAAAAGGACCGCUACGUUCUGUAUGUGAACUACGGAUGUCCGUGGGCGCAUCGCGCGAAUCUGGUGCGGAGUUUGAAGGGGUUGGAGGGAGUGGUGCAGAUGGUGGUGAUGGAUUAUAUGAUGGGGAAUGAGGGGUGGGUGUAUAAUCCGAACAGGGAGGGGACGGAUGCGAAGGAUCCGCUGUAUGGGUUCACAACGCACAAACAGCUUUACAUGAAAGCCGACCCGAACUACGCCGGCAGGUACACCGUCCCAACACUCUGGGACAAGAAGAAGGAAACGAUCGUGAGCAAUGAGAGUUCUGAGAUUAUUCGGAUGUUCUACUCUGAAUUUGAUGAAUUCUUGCCUGAGAAGUUGCGGGAGACGAAUAAGCCUGACGAUGGGCUUUUGCCACCGAAGCUUAAGGGCGAGAUUGAGAAGAUGAAUGAGUGGGUGUAUAAUACGAUUAACAAUGGGGUUUACAAGACGGGCUUCGCCUCCUCCCAAGAAGCCUACGACGAGAACGUCAAGAUCCUCUUCGAAAACCUCGACCGCAUGGAAUCCGUCCUCGCUGAAAGUCCGGGUCCUUUCAUCUUCGGCCCGCACAUCACCGAAGCCGACAUCCGCCUCUACACGACCCUCAUCCGCUUCGACGUCGGCUACCACACCCUCUUCCGCUGCAACCUAAAGAUGCUGCGGCACGAUUACCCGCACAUGCACAAGUGGCUGUUGAAUUUGUAUUGGGAUGGUGUGCCGGAGGAGAGUAGGGGGGCUUUUAGGUCUACGACGCACUUUAGAGCGAUCAAGGAAGGGUAUGCGGGAGCGAGUCGGGUGGGGAUAAUACCGAUUGGACCUUUGCCGGAUGUCAUGCCUUUGGGGAGCGUGUAG